GACAACUGCACCAGGUACAACAACUGCUCCGGGUACAACGACAAAACCAGUCACAACAACAGGACCAGUAACAACAACUGGACCAGAAACAACAACUGGACCAGGUACAACAACAGGACCAGUAACAACAACUGGACCAGAAACAACAACUGGACCAGAAACAACAACUGGACCAGGCAAAACAACUGGACCAGUAACAACAACUGGACCAGGUACAACAACAGGACCAGUAACAACAACUGGACCAGUAACAACAACUGGACCAGGUACAACAACAGGACCAGUAACAACAACUGGACCAGAAACAACAACUGGACCAGGCAAAACAACUGGACCAGUAACAACAACUGGGCUAGAAACAACAGUUACAACAACAACAGUUACUGAUACUGUAACCACUGACACAACAACGAUUGCUACGACAACCACAUCUGUGACGACCCCAACAACUCCUGUGACAACUCCUACAACUCCUGUAACAACCACAACAACUCCAAUGCCUUCAACAUCCACUGAAAUAAUUGAUGGCAGAGAAGCGAAAAUAGUUGUUUAUGGUCUUUGGAGCAGUUGGUCUGCAUGGGUGCAAUGCAGUGUGACAUGUGGAGAUGGGAUACAGAAAAGAUCACGUGUUUGUCA